AUGGUUGGCUUGAAGCUCUUUCCAAAUCAGAAUUUGUCACGGCCAUCAACCAGUCCCGAACAUGCGCCAGAUGAAUUCUCUUUCGGCGAGUCUAAUCUCAAUCAAAGUCACCUAUACCCGGCUCCUCCCUCGCCGGCCCUUCCCUCUCCCGUUCUUAAAGUAGGACGGUCCCUAGAUGUCUCUCAUCACUUUGAGCAGAUUGAAAAACAAUUCGAAGAUCUUCACCAGCAUCUUGGUCCGAGGCCGUUAUCUUCUCAAUGUUCGUUGUCACCCAAUGUGCCGGGUCGUCCACCGCCGAGACCAUCAAAUUCUCGGCAUAUUGAUUUGAUGGAAGCUCUUGCCAAUUCUGGCUAUCGCCAGGAGCCUAGCCCUCCUCCUAUCUCGCCGCCGGCCAGUCCAUACAAUGAAGAUGUUGCGGAAAGGAACAUGACCCGGUUUCUUCGGAUCCAACACCGCAGCGGAAUAGCAAACUCUCGAAUAUUGUCUGCACUAUACCAGGAAGAUGUCGCCGAUAGGAAUAUUGCCAAAUAUUCCGGCCCAAGUCGUUCAUUAUCUGCACUGAGUUCCCGGUCUUCCCCUCCUGCGCCUGGGAGAGUGCGCAAAUUAAGUCCUGAUGCACAAAGACGCAGUCCGAGGAAACCCAAUUGGACAUCGGAUGGAGACUUGCGCAAUCGCUCUUCGCCGGAAGAUGCCGCUUCGCAGGGCAAAGAUUCUAGCAAUAAUAUUCGUCUGCGAAGGUCAGCACCGAGCUUGUCUGCCGAGGCGGACGAUUCUGCAGACGAAGAGGCUCGGCCUCCGGUCAUUCCACGCUUAGGUGUUCCACCUGCCUACAAACAAGGCAGGCGAUGGAGCAAUACUCCGUUGCCAGACAGUCCAACUUUGCCCCCUCCAAUAGGCGAGGGUGAUGAUGCCAAUAAAGACAAUGGCAGUAAGCCAAAGACACCGCUGUCUGUCCUCCAACAUCCUGCCCCAACGGCUCGAAGCUCGUCUUUGGGUCUAAGAAGUGUUUCUCCGCCUCCUUCCUCAGGUUCGUCAAGGCGGAAUGUACGAGAUCUGUCGAUCAACACUCAGUUGGCUUCAAAGGGCCGGUCGAAGAUUGGUCAUCGCGCUGUUCAGCCUCCAACACCCUCCACUGGUGGUAUGAAGCGAGCGCCAAGCAUUGCAGAAGUCAUGAACAGUCCACUGCCGGUGCAAACACCGACUUCUGCUGCAUCCUCACCGCGAUUCAAGGCCUCAGAGAUGAUGGAACUAUUCAACAAGGCUUACAUGUCUACCCAAGCCCUAAGUCCUCAUCCGACCUAUGAAUCUUUACAAGAUGCAAUAGUUCGCGAAAUCAACUCCCACGAUGCUUUUAAACGUGUGCCUGUCCCUGCUCCGGCUGGUCCCCUAUUCACGCCGUCAGAUGCAGACUCAUUUGCCCAACCUACACACCCAGCAUUGAACCGCAGUGCUUCGGCAGGUCAAUUCUCGAAGAUCAUCCGGAAGAGCUCGCUUAAGAAACACAAGAGAAACACCGAAUCCAGUCGCAGUAUCUCUACAAGCGUACCCUCAAAGGGAUACGACCGCCUUCUCCGCAAGGUCUCCGGACCUCCUACUCGACGCAGACACACUGAUGCCCCAGCUCCAUCGGCGGGUCUUCUCGCUGAUAUCCAAAAAUCCAAGAAGAGCAAAGUACCCCAGACUGCAUCUGGAGAUCAGCUCACUUACAUGGACGUCUUGAGCCGGGCUGGAAAAGACAAAACUGGACCUAAGAUCCAUGCUGCCUCCACCCCCAACAUCACAGCCACAACCACCCGUUCCGCCACCCCAACCUCCAACCCACUCGGAACCGUCCACUGCAUGCAGGCGCACUCCACGCCUUCCAAGGAUAGCAGAAGUAGCAUGUCAAUUGAGGACAGCGAUGACGACAUCAUUCACCUUCCUAGUAUCGACGCCCCGACUCCUCGAGUGCAGAUCGAAGGGGUUGAUGAGAACAACGUCCGCUAUGUGAUCGACGGGGCCACAGCUACCGAUGCCCAAACCCUUAUGAACUGGCCGCAGCGUCUCCGUCGCGCCCGCCCAACCCAGCCUUUCUGCGAAAACAGCCUGUCCCCGCUGUCCCGUGCGAGGAUGCAACUUCGUGGAACUCGCUCUGUCGAAACUUACUAG